AUGGUGGUCAAGCAAUUUUAUCUGCUGGGAGAGUCCAGCUCCACGGCUCGGGGGAUCGAGGUGGACUCAACACUUGACAACGAGGGCCUACAGCAUCUUCUUGCAAGCCAAUUCGCCAUUGUCGAACCUAAUGGAAUUGGGUUUCAGUCAGAAGAUUCAAUUCUCUCCAGCAUAUCUGAGGUCCUGGCAACAGACCUCAUCGCCAUUUCAAUAGACGGCAAGCCAGUCAAGGAAGUCCCGGGCCCUAAGGGCCUCCCAUUUGUCGGUAACUUCUUCGAGAUUUACCCCGAUCAUCUGGGCAACCACCAGCGUCUUUUUGAUCAAUAUGGCCCUAUCUUCCAAACUACCAACAUGGGCCGCACCAUCUACCAAACCAAUGACCCUCAACUUUCCGCCAUCGUCUUCUCCGAGUCUGACUUUUUUACCAAGAAGAUCAACGAGGCACAUCCCCUCUACCCAAUCAAGAACCAAGACGCUGGUGUUUUCCUGGGUGACACUGACACGCCCGAAUGGCGCGCUGCCCACAAAUUCCUCCCGCCGGCGCUAGGCCCGAAGGCCGUGCGCCACUACGCGCCCACCAUGCAGGAGACUGUCGAGGACGCCUUCUCCGUCUUUGACCAGCUUGAUGAUCAAGGCGAAGCCUGGAAUGUGUAUCAGUACAUGUUGAAGCUGGGCUCGCAGGCCGUGGGCAAGCUCGUCCUCGGCAUUGACUUCAAGCACUUCUCAUCGCCUGAUGCGCCGCCACACGAACUGGUCUAUCGCAUUGCGGAAUCUCUGACUUUGAAUAAGAAGGUCGCUGCCCGGGGCGACUGGUACGCGAAGUUGCCGUUUGGCGACCCGAAGAAGCUGCGGGAUGCCCGAUGGCGCAUCGUUGAGAUGGUCAAUGAGUCUAUUGCGAAUGCGUCCCGCGGCGGUGUUGAGGACCUGCCUCUCCAAGAUGCGGCGUUGAAGGCAACAAAUAUGGUUGACUACGCGAUCCGAGCCACCGAUAACAAGGGCGAAAAGCUGCCAAAAACCAGCCUGAUGCAAGCCCUUGUCGUAGCCACCGGCGCCGGCUUCACAACCACCAGCUCCCUGCUGUCCUGGCUGAUCUACUCGCUCGUGCACUACGACGGCAUGCAGGAACGCCUGCUGCAAGAACUAAUCGACCACGACAUUGACGCCGACACCCAGAUCACUGCCGACCUGACUGACCAACUCACCUUCAUGGACAAGUUCAUUAAAGAGACCCAGCGCCGCCACAACCCGUCGUACCAGCCCGCUCGCACCGCCAAGGUCGACCUCAUCCUACCUGGUGGCUACAAAUUACCCCAGGAUGCCGUCGUCAUCCCCGCCCUGCACCACGUCCACAAUAACCCGGCCGUAUGGGACAACCCGGCCCGCUUCGACCCCGACCGCUGGGACACAGAUGCCGUCAAGAAUCGUCACAAGGCGGCGUACAUCCCCUUCGCAACGGGCCCGCGCAUGUGCAUCGGGUUUAAUUUCGCGCUGCAAGAAGUCAAGGUGUUCUUGCCGAAACUGCUGUACCGGUAUAAGUUCACGCGGGAGAGUGAUGGCCCGAUCGAGUAUGAUCCCAUGUUCCAGCUAAUCCGUCCGAAUAAUCUGUAUGUGCGGGCGGAGCGGCGCGUGAAGUGGCCGCCGAAAAGUGAAGCAUGA